GCGCGCACGCACACACACCUCCUUCCUCUCUCAGUUUCAGUCACUGGUUAGAUAUGGCAGCUGCUGGGGACCCCUAAAACACUCUGGCAAUUAAGGAGAAAUGUGUUGUUUAAAAAUGGAUUAACUCAUUAACAGGAAUGUCAACAGUCCGGUCGUGAGCUGUAAAGACAGACAGAAGAGGAACCAGUGGCGAAUAUCUUUCCAACCCGCAGCGACUGUCUGUAUAUCUGUGUGAAGUGUAUUUGUUGGGGUAAGAGAGACGUCGAUUAGCAUUAGCACUGUUAGCUUCGCUGCUGCUUUUUCCCGAGCUUUCGCGCUCUUCCCGGCGCAUUCCCUCCCGCUCCGCCCCGCUGCGCUCGCACGCGCUCCCGAGGCUCCUGCGGCCUGCUGCUACCGCUGCGUGCUGCGGGUCAUGAAAAGCUGCUUUUGUCCGAAAAGGAAGGACGCAGUGCAUUUUACAAAUUCCUCCAUGAUGCCUGAGGUACGGGAACUUUCAGACGCCCUGCCAGAGAUGCCCAUGGACCCGAUCACUGGUGUAGGGGUUGUGGCCUCAAGAAACAGAGCUCCCACCGGCUAUGAUGUGGUUGCACAAACCACAGAUGGGCUCGAUGCAGACUUGUGGAAAGACGGCCUGUUCAAAUCCAAGGUGACCCGCUAUCUGUGCUUCACCAGGGCUUUCUCCAAAGAGAACAGUCAUUUAGGAAAUGUGCUUGUAGACAUGAAGCUCAUCGACAUCAAGGACACGCUGCCUGUGGGAUUCAUUCCCAUUCAGGAAACUGUGGACACACAGGAGCCGGCCUUCAGGAAGAGGAGGUUAUGUAUUAAGUUCAUCCCGAGAGACUCCACUGAAGCUGCCAUCUGUGAUAUCCGUAUCUUGGGACGCACUAAACAAGCACCGCCACAGUAUACAUUCAUAGGGGAGCUGAACAAUAUGGGGAUCUGGUACCGUAUGGGAAAGGUGCCACGGACCCAGGACUCUUCACCUGUACAGAACAACACCACCAAUAACAUCCAGACGGUCACCAACAGCUCCACUCCAGCGCCGGUCUUGCCCAAGCACAUAUCCAUGACCCUGCCGGCAUGUUUCAGAAAAAGCACAACCAGACCAGACUUUGAACACCAGAACUCCAACCUCUAUGCCAUAUCUGCUAUGGAUGGAGUGCCUUUCAUGAUUUCGGAGAAGUUUGCAUGUGCCUCCAGUGAUUUGCAGCAGGUGGAUCUAAUGGGCAUCAGAAUCAAAUCACUUGCAGAGAUCGAGAAGGAGUAUGAAUAUAGUUUCCGGACGGAGCACAGCGCCGCGGCCCGUCUGCCACCCAGUCCCACCAGAACAUCUCUGGGCUCUGAGGCCUAAUGCUCACGCGCCGGAGGAACUUCUAAACUCUGAACACCUGAUCCGACCAGAGACUCAUCCACCUGAAAGUACAACGGAAACCCACAAAACAAAUUGCGACAAGUUCGAAAUGAGGGAAAAAUAAGGAUGUUGCUUGUUUUAUUUUAAUUUUUUUCAUGAAAUUAACAAAUAUUUAAUGUGGUCAACUUCAGUCUCUCUUAGGUUGAUGCUGCUUUUUCAUAAAGAGCUUUGGACAUCGAACGACGUGAUCAAAUCAAAACCACUACCGUGUUUCUUUCGUUAUGUGACGAGUGUUGCGUCUGACUUAUUCUGGCUGCUGGACUGAGAUGCUGUUACCGGAAUGACUUUAUGAAGGGUCACAGUUGGACAUACCCUAAAGAAAUCACAUUUGAGCCCUAAAGUCUGCAUUCAUGCGUCAAGUGCAUGAGGUGAAAGUUUUUUGUUUGUUGUUUGUUCGCAGGUUGGGUUUUAUUUAGAUCGCAGCGACUGCAUGACUUUGUUCUUCUGUUUUCGAUUGGUUUGGAAAUGGAGCCCAGUUCACUGCACUGUUACAGGACCUCUGAAACAUUUCAGUAUUUUUGUGUUUGUCUGGAAAAAAGAGAUUAGAACAAAAACACUCCGACUCUGAACAAACCCUUGUACAUAGAUGAGCGCUGAAUCAGGAAUACGUUGAUUUGGAAUUGUGUGUUUUCCCUUUUGUCUUUGUAGCGUCCUUCCUGAACUGAUCUAUCACUCCAGUCACCCCUGCUCAGUUUUACUCUUUCAGUCUCAUGUUACGAUGUUUGAUGGUACUCAAGCAUUUGGAUAUUGUUUCUGCCAGUCCUUUUGUGGCUUCUGACAUUUAUGGUGAUUUUUUUUUUUUUAAGACUUUUUUUAUUUAACAAGUUAAUAUUUCUGCAGUCAUAUUUCACCCCAAGAUUCAAAGAAAAAAUAAGAAAUCGAAUGUUGCAUAAAGAAAAAAAUAAUAAUUUUAAGGCCAUAAAGAUGUCACAUUUACAUGAAUUUUAAACCUAUUUUCCACACAAAAACACAUUACUGUAAUGCAAAAAAUUGUCAGAAAUUAUGUAAAACGGAUACCACGAGUUGCAAUACAAAUCAUGUGCUAUUUUUCCAUCUCUCAUUUAUUAAACUUUUGGUAACACUUAUAGCCUUUAUGUAUAAUGUAUUAUGAUGGUAUCCAUAAUGUGUGUUGUAAUGGAUUAUAUUUUUUCAUAAAUAAUUGUAACCAACUUUAAAAUGUUAUACUUGAAGGUUUGUCAUGUAUUUUGAUGCAUUAUACUUUCUUAAGGUGUAAAAAUGAAUAAGUAUUAUAAUGUAUUAUAACUGUGGUUACAAUUAUUCAUGAAAUCAUACAAUGCAUUAUAAGGUGCAUUACGAGGCAUAAUUAAUGCAUUAAAUCUACUUUUAUAAUGCAUUAUAUAUAAAGGCAUUUAAAGUGAUACCAGACUUUUUUUUAUUGCAUUACGGUAAUAGAAGUGUGGGGUAAAUGUGCUUAACUCUAAUGAAAAUGUUAAAAUGCAAAUGAAAAAACUGGUUAAGCAAGAUACAAUUUUUUUUUUUUUUUUUUUUUUGAUUUUCAGGGUGAGCUGAACAUUUCUUGACAGUUUUUUGAAUAUCCAGAGCAAAUUUUAUUAGCCGUUCAGUUUUAGUAAACCAUGCAGUCCAGAAGCAGCUCACACCGUGAAGUUUUGAGUCAUGUGAUUUGCUCCGUGUGCCACUGCUGCUUUCUUGAUAUGGUGAGCAUUAUUGGUGUAAGUACAGUGUUAUUAUUUCCAGGCGUUUCUUCAGAACGCCCUGCUGGAGCAACCAUCUCAGGUGAAAGUGUUCAGCUUGGAAACACCAAGUGUUUGGGUGAUUAAAGACAGCAGUCCAUUCAGAUGGUUUGACACCUUCACUGUGAGACUUUGAUCAGUCACUCAGAUGGGCUUUAGAUUUCUUACAGUGUGGAUUAUAAUGUUCAAGCAGCUAUAAUGUUACAUGUUCUAACCACUAUGUUGACUUUUAUUAUGUUGGAUUUUACUCCUUUUUUCAAAAUUGAAAUUAACCACAUAUCUGAUUUUUUUCUUCAUUCUGAGGCAGACAGUAGCUUCAGACUUUCAAAACUGAUUUUGUUCGCAAGCAGUUUUUUUAUUUUUAUUUUUACUGAAUAUAAUUUAAAAUCCAAGAAUAGGUCUAACUUGUCCCAGGUUUAUAGAUCUAGGAACCAAAAUGAUAGUUUAACAUGAAGUUAAAUUACGUGCUGUUGAUUUUGAUUAUUUUUUUUUAUUUCAUUCAUUUGUUUAACUCAAAGCCCCUAUAGGAAUGCAUGCAGCAUUAUCUAUUUUUUUCAACAUAAAGAUGAGGAUUUAAUUUGCCAUUUUAUAGUACUCUUUCAUCUAAUUAUUUAAUGAUUUUAUAUGAAGACUAAUUUAAAUGUUUAGAAAUGUAGCUAGUAUGCUUCCCCAAUAUUUUUUUUUUAUAUUAUGUUGAAUAGUUUAAUUACCAAGUUGGUCACAUGAACAAAUACAGUAAAACAUGUUUAGUUACUGCACUGCGUAAAUAAACUCCUGUUUAUGAUUUUAUCAACCA